GGUUGUGAUCUCAGGGUCAUGGGAUUGAGCCCUGCAUUACAGAGUCUUCUUGGGAUUCUCUCCCUGUCUUUCUCCCUCCCUAUCUGCCCCUCCCUCCCUCUAGGAUAAAUAAAUAAAAUCUUUAAAAAAAUGUGGCCAAUUUGAAGGACUAUAAAAUUCACAAGGUAUCUCAGUUACUAGAGUUACCCCAGAGCUCUAAAACUUAAUAAAGCUAGGAAGUUGAGUGAAUACUUGGAGAAUUAGAUAUCUAAUUGUCAGGAGUUGGAUAAGCAUGGUCAUGCCCUGUUGUAAAUAUUGGAAAACAUGUAAGUAUCUGAAAGCUUGGAGACAGGCAUCAUAAACUAUCUUAUCAGUGGUCUGGUUUCUGUUUUGAAUUACAGCCUGGGACCCUUUUCUACUGGGAACCACCUGUUCCUGGCUUUGUUGAUCUUUGGAUUUCCCCAGCUCUCAGUCCCUUUCAGUUUUGAAAUGAAACCUACCCCAGAGGGUGAGGUCAGGUACUGAGAGGACUUUGACAGCUCACACCAGGUUGUUUUUUUCUAGAGUCUGGUAUGUGACUGUGUGAAGUGUAAGGCUCAGCAGGCUGUGAUAUAGACUGAUUGAUGGUGAAUCAGCUGUUGGGUAAGGCCCAGGUAGUGCUAUUUCUUUGGGUAACCAGGAAAACACGUAGACCAAAUAUGUUGUCUUUCAUCCUUAGACAGUUGAAAGUUAAGAGUACAGUCAUCAGAGAUCUGCCAUGAUCUUGCUGCCUUUGGUUUACUGAAGAAGGAAAGGCAUUAUUUCAGUGUCUUUUCUCAUUUUUAGAGCCUCCUUUCUUUUCAGGAAGGAGCCAAGUCCUUGGCUUCUUUCUGCUGCUCCAGCUUCUAAACGUUUAUACUGUGCCUCCUGGAAUUGCUGCUUUGAUGUGAAGUGACUCCUCUAGAUACCCCUAGACACACAUACCCUCAUGUCCUGACCCCAACCCCUUCCCGGAAUUUGGCUUCCCUCUUCCCUUUGUUGUGAAACUGGUUUCCAUGAUACUCUAGCGCUUUGCUUGGAAUCUUUAUAAGCAGUACUGGCUCUUUCUUUAACUUAGCCCAUACCACUUCCCCCUGAUUUUGCCUGACUGUCCCCCAGCCACAUCCCUCAGUACUACAAAGCUGCUUGUAGACCUUCAAAUACUUUUUUUCUAUUGAGAUUUUUACUGGCCAGCAAGGCCACCUGAUUCCUGUCCUUAAGGUUGGCAUCUAUACUCAUUCUCCCAUGGUGGUGGUGGUGGUGGUUUUUUUAAGAUUUUAUUUUUUUAGGUAAUCUUUGCAUCAAUAUUGGGCUCAAACUCCCAACCCCAAGAUCAAGAGACGCAUGUUCUACUGACUGAGCCAGCCGGGUGCCCCAUGUUUGUUUAAGACUUUGGUGUCUGACCUCUCCUCCUGGGACUCUGGCCCAGGCUAGGGGAUUGGUGGUCAGGCUUGGCCUGGGUCUAGUGAUUCAGGGUAUACCAUGGACUUAGGGAGCUUCAUGUUAAUAUCUUAGAUGUGGGGAGAUGGGAAGCUUUAAGAUCUGAACACCAAGGCCAUUGGGAGUGGAAGGGACAAAGAAAAUUUAGCAUCUGAAACAAUGGAUAUUCUUUGUAGGCUCCCUCUUCUCCCAUUUGUAAGCUCCCAUUUAAAAAAAAAAAUUAAGAGGGUUUUUUAGAACAGUUUUAGGUUCACAGCUAAAUUGAAGGGAAGAUACAAAGAUUCCCGUUAUUACUGUACUUGAGUAAGCUCUGUGCCCAAGGUGGGGCUCAAACUCACGACCCUGAGGUCAAGAAUCACAUGCUCUACCUACCAACUGAGCCAGUCAGGCGCCCUGAGAUUCCCAUUAUUUUUUGAAAAGUUGAUCUUUAGCUUUAUAGGGAAUGUAGUAACAUAAUCUAAAAAAAAUUAAAAUCUGUAGAUUAUUUUGAAUUCUCCUGCUCCCCCCACACCCAUUUCAGUUAUUUUUGUAUUCCUCAGAGGUGGUAACCUGUUAGUGUUUGGAAUUUGUACAUACCAGACUUUUUUUCUCUGUGUUUACAUACAUAUGUAUGAACCCAGAAAAGUGUUAUUUUUGUGUCUUAUUUAUACAAAUGGGGUCACAUUUUAUGGAUCAUUUUGGUAUUUCUUUGAUUCAGUAAGGUACCUUGACAAUAUUUCAUAUUGGUACAUAAAGAUACUUCUCAUUGAUUUUGGCUACUGUAUAAUAUUUUCUAGUAUAGAUAUGCUGUAUUUAGCUAUUUUCCUAUUGAGAGACAUUAAGGUAUUUCCAAUUUUUUGUUGUUAUAAAGGAUUCUUGUUGUGUUUUAAGUGUCAGCGUUCUCUUCCUAGGCCUUUUCUUUUCUCAUACUCUUCCUGGGUGAUCUCAACCCUUCUGACAGCUCCACUUAACCAUCUACAUAUGGAUGAUGCCCAAAUCUUUCUCCAGACCAGUGUCCAGCUUGCUCAUGUGGACAGCAUCACGGGGAUGUUUUGCAUACUCGCCAUCAUGCAGCCUCCUGCUUUUCCCACUUGCCUCAUCCAGUGUCCUGUCACAUGAUUUUAUUCGUUUGAGAGAGAGAGCACAAGUAGUAGGAGAGGCAGAGGGAGAUGGAGAAGCGGACCCGCUGCUUAGCUGGAGCCCGACAUGGGACAUGAGACUCAAUCCCAGGACCUGGAGAUCAUGACCCAAGCUGAAGGCAGACGCCCAACCAUCUGAGCCAUCUAAGCGUCCCAGCCUUGCUUCAAAUCUUACAGAUCUGCAAGGCGGAAGUGUGCAUCCUAGGAUCUGUUUCCCAUGUGCUGAAAUAAGGAAUCCCAUCCAGGUGAAAAGUGGUCUUGUCACUAUAAUAUGGUAGUUGAGAAUGUGACUCUGAUAGAUGUGAUGUGAUACGGUAUGUGACUCUGGAGCCAGCCUGCGGGGGCCUGAAUUCUGACUCAGCCACUUACUGUGUGACCUUGGAUGAGGAAGCCGAGGCACGGAGCUGUGAAGUACCUAGUCCAAGGUUCCCAUGGUGGCCGUCUAGGCUUGAUCUCCAGAUAUGCUCAUGACAGUUUAAUCAAAGUGAGUACUGAUUACAGAGAUUAUGGACAACAUGAAAAUUAACUUACUGAAUUUGCAUAAAAAAUCCUGUGUCCUUCCCACAAUGGUCUCUUAGGGCUCUUUCAUUCUAUAGGCUGGACUGCUUGGGUGACAGAUUCGCUUAAAUAUGAGAGCAGACCUGAUCACUCAGAAGGACUAGGAGGAACUGCCCUCCCUAGGUGAUGCUGGGCCAGGCACUGUGAAUAUACUAGAAAUCCAAGAAAGAAGAUUUAAAGCCCAUCUUCCAUUUUACAGAUGGAAACAGGACAGCCCAGAGAUGCUAACAAGCUCAUUUAAGAGUGCCUGUUGUUAUGUAUUUACCAGCACACCACUGGGCAGAUUGCCUUAGGCUGAGGAGUGACCAGAGACCAGAUUGGACUCUUUGGAAAGAUUCCCAGAAGAGGGAGGGAAUCACCAAUGGAAAGAAGCUUCCAUCAGUGGAGGGACUAGGGGUGGUAAAUAAAAAUGUUUGAAUGCCACUGUUCAGCAGCUACAGACAAUCGCCAGGCCUGAUAUUCCAAGUCUGGAGGAGAGAGUGACUGCUGAGGAAGAGCAGGGUGAAGGUGAGCAGGGUUUGGAGGACGCCCAGCUUAUGGAUGAACAGAGGGAACAAUAUGAGCAAAGACAGAAAGACCAUGACUUUCAUGCCUAGUUUGUGUCUCCAACUUUAAGAGGGCCUGGGUGAUGCCACUGGGAGCUUGCAGGCGGCAUAAGGGUUAUAGUCCCUGUGAUGGGAGCUUAGGGGGGAGCCCCUAAUUCUGCCAGGGAAAUCAAGGGAGACUUCCUAGAGGUGGCAGUGCCUCAGAUGGGAAGAGUUGGGGUUGUCCAGAAGAACAGGCUUGUGGGGAAGGCUUGCCCGGUCAGAUGAAUGGCUUAUGAAAAGGCACAAGCAAGCCCAUCAUGUCUGGGGAACCAUGAGCCACUUGGUGUAGGCGGAGCAUGAAUUAGGGAGGAGGCCUUCAUGUGCUAUGUUGUGAGUUGAGAUUUUAUCUUGGGAUGAGUAGCUAUGGAGGAUUUUGAGCAGAAGGAUGACAUGAGUGGACUUACAUCUCAGGACUCGGGUGGCUGUGAGGAGAGUGGAUUAAUGGGGAGGAGAUCUGCAGCACCAUCACUGCCAUGGUGGGGCCUGUGAAGGAAGGCAGUGGGGUUGCAGGGGCAGGAGGACUCGGGAGGAGGAGCCGCCAGCUGUGGCCACCCGUCCACGAGGGAUUGGGCUCUGAGAAGAGGGAGGAGGUGAGGGUGCCCCCGCUGUGGCUGACUCAGGAAACUGGCUGGGUGGUGGUACGUUUUACCCAGAAAAAGAACACAGGGGGCCACAAGGGCCUGGGGAGAAGAUAUAACGAGUUCACUGUUGAAAGGGGCGCCUGGCUGGCUCAGGUGAUAGAGCAUGUGACUCUUGAUCUUGGGGUCAUGAGUUUGAGCCCCAUGUUGCAUGUAGAGAUUACUAAAAAAACCCACAAAACUUAGAACCAAAUGGAAGCGGCAGCUAUAGGUGGAUGUGGCGGUGGGCAGCGGGAGCAAAGCAGAGAGGUUAGGCCCGGGGUACAGUCUGGGGAGAGUGCAGAGUGAGAGAGAGGGUGCUAUCGAGGGGAGAAAGGAGCCCACAGGAGACUGAGGAGAGUGGUCUUGGAGGCACAAGAUCCAGAAACUUGGGUCCCGGGUGCCAAUGGGACAGAAAAGACUUAGGAGGAAAAGCAGUGAUACAGAUGCUUCAGAAAAUCAAAUUCCUUGAAGGAGCCAUGGGAUGUGGCCACUGGGAGGCCACUGACAUGCUGGGCCAGGGUGCAGUGGGGGGCCGGGGGGCAGGAGCCAGGGGCUUUGGGGGUGAGUGGGGUGACACAAUGAGGCAGGCAGGAAGCAGGGCUGCACCUUUGUGCAAAUCAGAAAGGUGGGUUCCUUCCUCCAGGCCCUCAUCCCGGCACACUGGCCUGGCCAGAGGAUGCAGGCUGGACUUCAGCCCUUCUAGGCAAUGGGAAGGAAGGAGAGAAGGAGUCAUUGACCAAGGGGGGUGCUGGACCAUGUGAGGGAUUUAUUUUUUAAGACAUGAGAGACUGGUGCAUGUUGACUUGGCUGAGGAAGGGGAACCCAUGACAAAAAAAAAAAGUAUAGGACAGGGACAUCUGCAACAAGCAGUUGGUCGGGGCGGGGGGGCGCGCAGCCAGGCAGGAAGGUGCACGCCUCUGGUGCAUCAGGGGCAAGGCUGGUGUUGCUACCAUGAGGAUGGGGCCGGGACUGAGGAGAAGCAGGGUUGUGUGCUGAGCCCAGAGCCUGGGGCCCAGUGUGCAGGUCAGUCCUGCUGGCAAGAGUUAGCUGAGAAUCUCUUCAGGGGGGCCUGGGAGAGGAUGCCGAGCAGGGACACUGAGACACAGCUGAGACUGCCUGUCCCGGGGGACCAGUGGUUGCAGUGCCCAGGACUGGGUGACAUCUAGACUGCCCAGGCUUUGGGCCUAGAACUGGGCAGACCAGGCUGGAGAGGGUCUUGGCACAGAGCUUUAGUUUACUUAUUUUACUUUUUACUAUGGAAAAAUUUCAAACACACCCAAAAGUUGUGGGAAACUGAAAUGAACUCUCUUGUACCUAUCAUUAACCUUCAGUGAUUAUUAUGAUUGUCAAUGUUAUUGUAUGACUUCCCCCUGUAAGUACCUUUUUAAAAACUUUACAAAAAUAAUUUAGUAGAUUUUAUUUUGGGGGUGCCUGGAUGGCUCAGUUGUUAAGCGUCUGCCUUCGGCUCAGGUCAUGAUCCCAGGGUCCUGGAAUCGAGCUCCCUGCUCAGUGGGGAGUCGGCUUCUCCCUCUCCCACUCCCCCUGCUUGUGCUCCCUCUCUUGCUUUGUCUCUCUCUGUCAAAUAAAUAAAUAAAAUCUUUUUAAAAAACAGAUUUUAUUUUAUUUUUUAGCGAAGUUUUAGGUUGACAGCAACAUUGAGCAAAAGGUAUAGAGAGAUUUCCCACAUAUCCCUGGUUGAAAACUUUAUUUGGAAAUAAUUUUAAGCUUACAGAAAUGGUAAGAACAAGUUUCUUUAUUUUUAAAUAAUUUUUUUCUUAUUAGAGAAUAUAUAUAUAUAUAUAUAUAUAUUUUUUUUUUUUAAAGAUUUUAUUUAUUUAUUCAGGAGAGACAGAGAGAGAGAGAGAGAGGCGGAGGGAGAAGCAGGCUCCCAAGGAGCAGGGAGCCCGAUGUGGGACUCGAUCCCAGGACCCUGGGAUCAUGACCUGAGCCGAAGGCAGACACUUAACCAUCUGAGCCACCCAGGAGCCCCUAGAGAAUAUAUUCUCAGAAUGUAUAUGGAAGAAAAUUAAGAUCAUUCAUGAUCCUACCACCCCAAAAUAAGUACUAUCACUGUUUUGGUGUAUUUCCUUCCAGUCUUUUUUCUGUGCUUUUACGUACAUAAUUUUUAACUGGAUUUUUUUAUCCAGAAAAUAACUCCAUCCCCCAAAACCUUCCUGUCUGGUGUGUCCAUAUGAACUGGCUCAGUCCCAGGGCCCUCACCCCCAAAGCCCUCCACAGAGACUGCAGAGAGCAACCACAACUGAUUCAAGUCUGUGGUUUGUGGGUGCCCUCAUUCUUUGGUUUCAGUGCCAAUGCAGGUUUCCCCUUAACAUUCCUUUCAUUUUUGUUUUUCUUGAGUAAUAUAGGUUGAUUUCCGUGGGAUGAGUUGCCCAGUGCUCCUUGGACCACUGUCUUGCCCACCUUCCACACUCAUCUCUGGAUUCAGGGCAUCUGUGUCUGAGCCUGUCUCCCCAACUCACCUGAGCACGGUGUGAGGGUAGGGCCCCGCUGAUUCAUCUCAAUGUGAGGCCCAGUUGGCCUCAAGAAAUAUGUAUGGAAUUGAAUCAACCCACUUAUUUGGCAUUGCCCAUCCCCAUUUAUGCUGCAGACUUGCCUUACGCUAAUUUACAGCCGGCAGCAUGGUGUCUGGCACAGUGGGUGCUCAAUGAAUGUUUGUUACUGCUACUCCCAAUAACUUGGGGGUUUCUGUACAUGUUAGGGCUCUGCUGUUUUUCCUCCUUCCCUUUCCCGCCUCCCCCCACUUCUUCCAGAUGGCAAAGAAAUGACACCACUUUGACAUGCCAGAGGGAAGGUGCCCCCGCUUUGUCUCCGUCUUCUGUAAGUUAGGAGCAAAUCUAAGUUGGCAGUGGAUUCACAAGAAGGAGCUCCCUGCUCUGAGGCUGUUUUAUAUGUUUGCAUUGCUCACAAUACCAGUUAUCAUUAGCAGCAAUUAAAACUAUUUCAGGAUCAGUUCAAAGCUGCCUUUGAGGUAUUUUAAGUUGGACCAAAGUCUCCAUGUGUCUAGCUCUAAGCCAAGUUUCCUGGUGUCAUUAGAAGCCCACUUGUAUUUGGAGAAUACCCAAUCUGUAUAUUUUGAUUGCCUGAAUGUUUCAUAAAUUUCAGGGGUGUUUGCCACAAGUGGGUCAGUGUCCCCAGAGCUGUUGAGACUCUCUUACAAGUCCCACUCCCACCCUCAACUAAGUGAAGGGGACCAUGGAGAUGGGAGAGGAGGAGGGGGUCUGCCGGGCCCCUCUGGCCAGGCAGAACCCCUGGGCUCAGAGGGAGAGUGGCAGAAAUCAGAGCAGGAAGAGAUGAGGGCUUGGGUUAGGGUGGGGGCAUCAGGGCUUGGGAAGAAGGUGGGAACCCAAUUGGAGGGCAUGUUGUGGGGAGGGGAAAAGGGAGGCCUUCAGAACACCUUAAGUGAUAUUCAUAUUUGAUUGAAAGAUAAACAUAGGGAAAGAACCAAUUUCGGCCUAUUAGACUUGUAGGAAGUCAGUCAGUAAUGUGUUCUGACUCUUGGCCAUGGCCCUGACCCCAGGCCUGGAGGACUGGCAAUAGCACUGAGGCCUGAGAUCACUGUUCUGGAAACACCUCCAGGACCCUUUGGGACCCUCCAGGGCCCCCAUUGGCACCAGGCAUCUAGCUGCCGGCUGACAGAGUGGGUUCAGCUGGUGGACUGUGCUGGGCGGUUUUCUGGUAGAAGGGUUCUGAACUGAUGGUAAGGGAGGGUGAGGGCAAUCCAAAUGGGCAAAGAGAGGUUCUGGAGAACUGGGCAAGGGCCCCACGGGCAGAAGUGCCUGUUUGGUCAGGGCAGUGGCAGGGACCAAGAAGGAGGACCAGUUAAGGAAAAGCUCUCUCUGCUAAGUGCCUUUAGCCAUGACUGUUGUGAGGACUGGGUACUUCCUGCUUGGGAACGGCGGUGCUGGUAGUCUGAGGCUUGGUGGUUUGAGAAUAGGGAACCUGCUGGUGCCUUGGGUUUCCCCACAUGUGUUGCUUUGGUCAGAGCCCACCAGCCCCACCUUGGUCUCUGAUCUGAAUCCCUAAUUAGAUUUUUGUGCAGAAUUCACCUCUUUGCCCUUCUUUUCAGCUUGAAGACCCGAUGCCAGGCCCCAUGAAGCAGAAUGUCAGAAGCAGCUGUGGCUCCUGCCCCCAGGAGCGGUGCCGUCAACGCGCACCAGCCCCAGGACCGGGGCCUCAGCACGGGAGGGGGGCCGGCAGUGAGGGCCUUGCUCAUGGUGGCGAGUGCCCAGAGAGGGGAGGAGGGGAGGCCCCUGUGUCCUUGGCCCCGCACAGUCGAGGGGAGGCUGAGGGCAGAAUGACCCACUUUCAGAGUGGCGUGGCUGUGACUGGGAUUGCUUCACAUGGUCAGUCUGCGUAUACAUGUCCGUCUUAAACUCUUCAAAACGGGCUGUUAAACAUCUGUAUCCUGUUUUCAUUAGCUUGUAAGCCAUGGUGUGGGGACCUGCCUAGUUCUCUGAGCCAACAAGUGUGCCCAGAGGCUAAUAAACGGCAGGUGCCUCCAAUAAAUCUGAUUUUAAUACUCAGUGUAAAUGUGUGUGCAAAUACAUCUGGGAAAUGAAAGGUGGGAGCUGAAUUCUAUAUGCAAGUUACACAAUUUCAUAGCCGUUUUGAACUGAGAACCGUAGUGUGACUGUGUUUGCAUGGGUGGCAUGGGGUUUACACGUACAGGAGGUGUGUGCAGUGUGCAGGGAGGACAGCCUAUAUGAGUGCGGUGUGAGGGGGUAUGUGCGUGUGUGGAUGGGGAUGGGGAUGUGGAAGAGAAGUCCCCAUCAAAUCAGGUGGAGACAACACCAGCUAUGUAUUUCAUAGGGCCUGGGUCAGAAUGAAAGCAUGGGACCCCUCGUUCAAAAUUAUUGGGAAUUUCAGGGUAGCGCAGUGCCAAAGCCAGGUUGGCCUUUCUGAGCGCAGAGUCCCACGUGACGUCAUAUGCUAAACACCCACGGAGCCUGCCCAGGCUGGAGAAUGUGGACCUCCGGUCUCCCCUCAGCCUACCUGUGCUGCCCUGGUCUGGAGGAAGGCCGGCUGUUCGGCCUCGUGGGUUUCCAUGGUGCCGCGGAGGUGGUGGAUGUGAAAUGGCUUUGCCAAAGGGGACACCAAACCCAAGCAAGUGCCACAGCCCAAGUCUCAGGGACGACCUAUCUCUAGUCCGGAGCAACGGGGAGGUAUGACUCAAUAUCUGCCCUAUGGUUUGACAAGCCCCAGUUUGGAGCAUCUAGCAGUCUGCCAGGUGACAAGCCACCUUGCUUCUCACAUGCCUCCGUCACACGCAACCUCCUCACACACUCCCACUUCCAGGAGACCAGGUGCGCCAGGUGAGCCACUACUAGGUCAGUUCCCUGGACCACAGGACGACACAGCGCCCAUCCCAGGAGUUGGGAGGCUGUCCACAAAGUUCACUGGCGGAUGGGGCUUCCUGGUCUUGUGGGUGGCCAGACCAUUUCUCUGCGUGCAGGUUUUUCAUGGUGCAAUCUUCUUGGAGACCCACCUGCACUUUACACCUUCCCAGUGACUCCAUUUCCCCCUCCUCUGGGCUUCUGGAAUGACACGAGGGCCCCACCUUAGCCAGGCAGCUGUGAUGAGAGGUGUUGACCCAGCUGCCUCUCUGCUAGCUCACUGUGUCAGGUGGAAGGGGCUGAGACAGCAGCAGGGACUAAGGAUCUUCCGGUAUAGCCAGGGACCCUGGGCACGUCCAGAGGCAGGACUGGGGCCAGGGUCCUCUGGGAGUCAGCCAGGCACUGGGGGAUGAGUGGUACAGGGAACCGAUGAGAAACAGGCUCUGGGCCAGGAAAAACAGCCCCCAGCCACAGGUGUGCCACCAUUCCUGCUCCUCUCUUGUCUUAAUCCCUCUUGCUUGGUGACAGCACUCAGACAGGUCUGGAGCCCGGCAGGGAACACCUGCUGACCCGAGAGUAAGUUUCUGUGGGGGCUGGAGACAGUCACAUGUGUCUGGUUUGUGUGAACCUCACACUCUGGUUCAUUGCAGGAGACAGAGUUAUGAAUGAACCAGAACACCACACUGCAACACGUGCUCAGCCGGGAGUGGGCUCGUGUGUGAGAUGCAGAGGAGAAAGCUCCAUAGAGGGGAUGACAUUUGAAGGAGGUGAUGAAAGUGGGUCCCCCCAACAGCCCCAGUCUCUCUACACAGGCCCAAGUCAGGGUCCAACCCUGGGUCUCACAGAUCUGCCUUCUGGGAAUCCAUGGGGUGGCCCAAGGCAGCCUGCACUCCCCAGCCGGAGGUCACACAGCCAACUUCCUCCAUCCAAAGCCUUCCAGAACCUCACCACUGGCUUUGCCAACAUGGCGGACAUUUCCCCUUCUCAGAACAUAAGGGAGUGAGAUUCCUUGGCUGCUCUUUCCAUGAAUGAGCACAGAAUGGGGGGGGGGGGGGGCGCGGAGCUUGAGGAAGGGGCUCUUGGAAGGUUCCUGGAGGGUGAGAGGGAACAGGAGGGGAGGAGAUGACAUCGGUGGCUCAGAGGUUGGGGCCCGCCCAGUGCUGGAGCUGGAGCCCAUCCGGAUCCUGACAUACACUCCCAGAAGUUCAGGGUUGGCACCAACCCACUUCAGGGCCUUAAUGAGGGUGCUCUGGCCUAGGCCUGCCCCCUUUCCCUCCCCUCCAAGUGCUGACUCUGAAUCAGAUGUGAUCAACGAGGGAAAAAUGACUGUAGCAGUCGAGUUCAUGGUAAAUGCUUUGUGUGUGUGUGUGUGUCCCCUCACUUAAACAAUUUCUGUGCAUUCUUGAUUCUGGGACUAUCCUCUGUCUUUCCCUCUAGAGAAUCUUAUGGGAUUCCAUACUUGGUUUAGAAUGUAUGAGAAACACCUACCCCAGGCCUUGCACAUAGUAAGAGCGUAGUGAAUGUAUGCUCCUUUUCUUUAGCCACUCAAAGUGGCCACUGGGGGUUGAGGGCAAAGGGGCUUCCCCAGGCUAGAAGCUGAUGGGCCUUUGGUCCUUGCCUCCCCCUUCCUUCUCCAGCUGAUGACAGACACCUGGAUGUCAUAACAUACUCUGUGUCCUCAUCUGUUAUUCUCGGACACAAGCUUAACCCUCUGGGGAGGGUACCUGAGUGGGUCCCCUCUGACUGGGACUGGACUUUCUUGCACUGUGGGCUGGCCUGUACCAGUCCCAGGGAUGGAUGCAGAAGGGUGAGGCACUGAUCCUGCUCGUUGGGCAGGAUGCUGGCAGGAGGGCGGGCUGAGCAAGGGCGGGGCUUCCAGAACAAAGGAGAAUGGGGAGCCCUGGGGGCCUAGGCUAGGCAUCAAAAAGGCUCUGCAGAGUGAGCAGGCCAUAGCAGCUGCCUGUCUCCUUGCCCAGCAGUCAGUCAGACAACCUGUGCUGGGCCCCUUCCACCUGCCCCAGGCGGGCAGCAAACAACACUCUGCUCAGAGAGGCCUUGUUCUCCAGCGUGAUUGCGCCCACACUGCUCUGUGGUUUGCUCUACUUGGUGUGGGUUGCUGCUGCAGUUCCAGAGGAGGGCAGAGGGAUGGCAGGGAGUGGAGCCAGGAGCCAGGAAGGCCGUCAGGAGCGUGCCUUGAUCCCGAAGCCCUUUGAUGGGACCAAUGUAGCCCCACACCUCUGGCUGCACCGCUUCGAAGUCAUCAACGAUCUCAACCACUGGGACCAUGCCACCAAACUAAGGUUCCUGAAAGAGUCCCUCAGGGGAGAUGCCCUGGAGCUCUACAGUGGACUCAGCCCCAAGGACCAGGAAGACUAUGGGGCUGUGAGAGAGACCCUCCUGCAGGCCUUCCGGGGGCCCGAGGCCGCCCCCAGCCACCUGCCCAAGGAGAUCGUCUUUGCCAACAGCAUGGGUAAGGGCUACUACCUCAAGGGGAAAAUUGGCGAAGUGCCCGUGAGGUUCCUGGUGGACUCCGGGGCCCAGGUCUCUGUGGUCCACCCCGGCUUGUGGGAGGAGGUCACGGAUGGUGACUUGGACACCCUGCGGCCCUUUGAGAACAUGGUAAAAGUGGCCAAUGGGGCUGAAAUGAAGAUCCUAGGCAUCUGGGAUACAGUGGUGUCCCUGGGGAAGCUGAAGCUGAAGGCAGAGUUCCUCGUGGCCAACGCCAGCACUGAAGAAGCCAUCAUUGGUACCGACGUGCUCCAGGACCACAAUGCCAUCCUGGACUUCGAGCAUCGCACGUGCACCCUGAAGGGGAAGAAGUUCCGCCUCCUGCCUGUUGGAGGGUCCCUGGAAGAUGAGUUCGACCUGGAGCUCAUAGAGGAGGAGCCCUCCUUGGGGGAGGGGGGUCAGGAGCUCUCCUAUUGAGAAGUCCCCUUUUCUUUACCCCCCAAACAUUGGUGGGAAGACCUACCACAGUGGAGGGGAAGGGCAAAUACCCUUAGGGGUCACUGGGUUUUGCCACCUCUCUGGAACCAACUCUUGCCUCCUCCUCUCCCUCCUCCUCCAUCUUCAGGGGCCUUCAUCUGUCCCUGGUUGGGGAGGCUUCCAUCUGAAAAGGCACAGGUGAGGGAGAAUGGGCUGGCUAUCUCAGAGGAAGGGGGAGUCCUCAUGGGUGGUCAAGCUGCUAUUGGUGGCAAAGAUUUAAGGCUGGAAGGUUCCGAGAAGGCUAGAAAUAGUCGACUGUCUUUCAGAGAGGACUGAGGUACCUCUUCAUAUCCUCUGAGAUGUGGCUUAGUCACCUCCAGCUCCAUGCAGUCCUUCUCAGUUGGGCUGGGUCCUGGCUGCAGGGUCCUCACAAGCAAGACCCACUCUUGCAGGUGAGGGUCAGAGCUGCUCUGGGAGUCUUCCCUGUUGGGUCUUCCCACCUCCCUGUAUGAUAUAAUUUCCUUCUGUCAUUUGCUCUGAAACUCAUUGAGCCUUAUGCCAAUAAUUCAUUACUUAAAAAACCAAUAAAAAUUGACUCAUGGAAAAACCAUGUAAUGUGUUGAUUAGGGAUGAAUGGAAUGGAUGUGAGCGGCUGGGUAAAACAGGGAGAAAAUGUCAAAGAGAUGGAAGAUCCAAGUGCUCUGUGAGUGAUUAGCCUGG